UUCCAUUUUUUGCCCUUUUCAUCUUCAUCUUCCAUAAAUUCAAAACCCAUCUCUACCAUUUCAUCUUCUUCGUCUUCUUCCUCCUCCAUUUUCCACCAUUUCUCUCUCUCUACCAACAAAAAAAAACUGCUCAACUUUCUCUCUCCUCGGCUCUUCCCAUGGAGUCGUACGACGCAACACGAGCAGUUUUCUCCAGAGUACAAAGCAUAGAUCCAGAAAACGCAUCAAAAAUCAUAGGUUACAUUCUUCUACACCAUGGUGAAAAGGAUAUGAUACGGUUUGCUUACGGCCCAGAAACACUCAUACUUUCAAUUGCUAACAGAGCCAAAACUGACUUAGGACUUUCGUCGAACACUUCAUCUGCAUCAUCCCAAACACCAAACUUAAACUUGGUUACUUCAUCUUCUUCUUCGCACCCUAUUACUAUUUCUAGACCCAACCCACUUUCACUUCCUCUCUCUUCUCCGAGAUUAUCCGGUAAUGGUGUCGGGUUUAACCCGUCUUCUCCUUCUUCGCCUUCGGUGUGGGCCCACCACCACCACAACAACAACCAGUCUGUAAGCCCUAAUUCUCUCUCCUACGCUGCUGUUGUUAAUGGAACUUGCAAUAAUAACGGUAACAAUACUACCACAAAUGGUGGGUCUUUCUCUUCUUCUUCACUGGGUUCUCCUCAAAUUGGGUUUUCUGGGAAUCAUAAUAAUAAUAACAACAGUGGUAGUGAUGAGUAUCACUUACAAGAGCAACAAGGCAUGUCGUUUGUUGACCCGUUAUUCUCGAAAAAUGUCGACUUUUUCGAGCAGUCAUCCAUGGAUUUAAUGAGCCCCGGUUGCAGGAGUGAUUCCAUGGUUUACCCGUCGUUCUGGGAAAACUCCUCUUCUUCUCCUAAUGGGAUGGAGAAUAGCACCACCGCAGCCGCGGCCGCCGCUCAUUUCCACCACCGUCGGAGUGCCUCCUUCAACGACAUGUACUACGGAUCUGACGAUUCUACUUCCGGGUUCGGGUUCAAGCCUUGCCUUUACUACACUAGAGGCUUCUGCAAAAAUGGGAGUUCCUGUAAGUUCGUCCACGGCGGCGGUAGUUGCGGCGGAGGUGGCGGGUUUUCAGAUUCCGGUGAUAAUUGUGGCCCACCACCACCCAUGGUUGGUUCUCCUUGUAGCAACAAAUACGACGCUUUUGAACAGUGUCAAGAAGAGAUUUUUAGGUCUAAACUUGCCCAACAACAACAAAGAUUAGUUGCUGCUCAGUUAAUGGCUGCCGCCGCCGCUGGUGGUGGUGGUAUGAGUUUACCUUACAACAAGUUGAAUUUCCUCCAAUCUGAAGCUCAAAGAUCUGCAGCAGCUGCAUUGAUGAUGGGAGAAGAGUUUCAUAAAUUACAUGGUCGUUCAAGAAUGUCAAGAAAUGAUUUUGCUGCCAUGGAUUCCAACCCUGGUUCUAGACAGAUUUACUUAACAUUUCCUGCUGAUAGCACUUUCAAAGAAGAAGAUGUUUCUUCUUACUUCAACUUAUAUGGACCAGUCCAAGAUGUGAGGAUCCCAUAUCAGCAAAAGAGGAUGUUUGGGUUUGUUACAUUUGUGUAUCCUGAAACUGUGAAGCUCAUUUUGGCUAAAGGAAACCCUCAUUUUGUCUGUGAUUCUCGUGUUCUUGUUAAACCAUACAAAGAGAAGAGCAAACUUCCAGACAAGAAGCAACACCAGCAACAGAUGGAAAGAGGGGAGUAUUCGUCGUGUUCGAGCCCGUCUGGGCAUGAUUGUAGGGAUCCAUAUGAGUUUCAGCUUGGAGGGAGAAUGAUGUACAGUACUCAAGAAAUGUUGUUGAGGAAGAAGUUGGAAGAACAAGCUGAUUUCCAGCAAGCUCUUGAGUUUCAAGGAAGAAGAAUGAUGAGUUUGCAGCUUUUAGAUUUGAAGAAUCAACAACAACAACACAAUGCUGGAUCACCCAUUUCCUCUCCUCAUAUGCCCACCCAUUUUCACCCGAAUCAAACUGGUGCUCCGAAUGGGAUCAGUCCUGAUGGUUCAGAAGAAAAUAAUGGGAGUCCAACUAGGGUAAGUGAUGAGCAAGUUGCUGAGGAAGGAGUCAAUGCUAGUCUGAGUAGUGAUUGCAAUGGCCAAAGUAAUAAGGAAGAUAGACCCAAAACUGAAGAAAGUGAGCUGGCUGAAAGUGGUUUGGAGCAUAUUCUUCCUGAUAGCCUCUUUGCUUCGCCGAAGAAAUCAGCCACCGAGCAGCAACGGGGAUCGUCGGUUUUUCUGCCGGAGUUUGAUAUUAAUAAUAAUAAUAGCGCCGUCAAUGGUAGUGACUCGUCGUUGCCUGCCUCUUCUCCUCUUGGGUUGGCUCAUAAAUCGUGUUACUUCGAAAUGCCGAGGGUUUCCCCUGGGCAAGGUGCUUUAGGAAUGUAGCUAGUUUCAAACUAUGGACAGCAACUUGGGGACUUCCCUUGCUUAAAAGUUUGACAAUCAAUGUAUUUCAAGAUUGCACAAGAUGGGAAGGGAAAUCCCCAAAAGCUGUACAGCCCGAAAAACCCGACCCGACCCGUCUCAACCCAACCCAUACUCAACAACAUCAAAGGAAAAAAAAGAAAGAAAGAAAGAUCAAGUAGGAAAAAGGAAGGUCUUCUCAGAGAUCACCAUCAUCAUCAUCAUUAUGAUCAUGAUCAACAUCAUCUUCAACAAAAUACAUAAUAGUUUUUUUUUUUUUUUUAAUUUUAAAUAUUUUGGUUUUUACAAGAAAUAGAUAAAAAUGCAUACUUAGGGGUACAGAUAGACUGAUUUUAUGAUAGUGGGGGUCUUUCAUGACUUUUGUAUCCUCUCUGUAGGUGUGUACUGGUACUGGACCACACAACAAAAGGAUUUAAGAACAACAAGAAGAAGAAGAAAAAAAGCUAGUUAUUUUUACUAAAGUUUUUUUUUUUUAGUGGUAACCCUUUUGAUUAUACUAGUAGAAGUUCAUAUGAUUAAUAUAUAUAAAUAGAAUUUCUCUAAAUUUUUUUCG